AAGUGGCGCGCGCUCUAGCGCAUGUGUCCUCGUGCGUGUUGCUGAGUCAGACGCGGUUCGGUCCGCUGCCCAUACUCCUCUCUGUCUGUUUAGUUUUGGUCACAUCGCUGUUCUCCAUAUGUCCGGACGCUGAGCUGAUCCUCUGAUCGGUGGAAAUCAGCUCGGUAAGCUGUCUGCCUGGCCGCCCAUGGGCGCUGCUGCUGCUGCUGUUGCUAGUGCUGGCUGUCCGGUCCGGUGCGCCUCUGCGGUCGGUCCAUCGGUUCGGGACGGUGCCGAGCUCCGCUUUUAUGAAUGAAUAACAAAGACAGAGAGAUGCGAGUAACCGCUGGAACCCCGUGCAGCAGCCCGGGCUCCCGGGGGGCCAGCCACCGAUGAGUGGGGGAUUAUCGGCGGCUCAUUGCGGAAAAAGAGCCUGACUGCAGAGUGGCGUGGAGACGCGCCGUGGACAUCUAGCGCAGAGCAUCUGGACAGAACCGCGGAGAACACAAUGUCCAUCCACAUCGUUGCUCUGGGCAGCGAGUGUCCCGGAGGAGUCGGGCCCGGGGAGGAGCCCAUGGGCCAGGGCCAACUGCAGGGAGGCUUGCUAUGGAGCUACCUGGGUCACGGAGCGCUGGUGGGACCCUGCGACCCGGAGGGCAGCGUGAACAACCCUGCCUUCAUGGAGUACACCUCGCGCGUGUUUGGAGACGUCACCGUGGUGGUUCGGGAUUGUCCCAGUUGGGACUUGUUGGACAGCGACUGGGCUAGCGUGCGGAAAGUUCUGGAGCAGGCUGACAUCCUCGUCAUUAAAUAUGCUGUUACAGACAAGCUUGCCUUCCAGCAGGUCAGGAAUGGGUACGCCCCGAGGCUUCGCCCGCUUCUGAGGCACUGGGGUGUGCCUGUCAUCCUUGUUGCUGUUGGAGCACGGUUGAAUGAUGAAGGGCCUCCGUGUACGUGUCCACUGUGUGCGUCUGACUGGAGCAGCUGUGUACCUCACAGUGAAGGGCUGCAGCUCUCCAGAGACCUGGGGGCCACCUAUCUGGAGCUGCCGUCUCUCAACCAUGUCUUCGUCAGCCGCUACUUUGGCAGCGUGCUGGAGUACUUCAUGAUUCAGUGCCUGAAACACAAAGCCAAAGAGAGGCCAGACAAGAGACGAGGGAACAAAGUGAAUGAGCUCCGUCCUCCUCACUUAGAACAACCAGCUCGUCUUCCUCCUAUCAGAGUAGAGGAGUCCAGCUUCUCCCAGGACAUGCAGUGGCUUUUGGAGCGUGGUGUGCAGUUUGCCGAUGUGGCCUUCUACUCUGGCGAUUGUGGGAAAGAACUGGGGUGGGCCCACGCGGCCGUGCUGUGCGCCGUUAGCCCUUACUUCCGACAGCUGCUCCUGGGGCCCAAAACCAGGGAACGUCCACAAUCACGGUGUGUCUGUAGGGAGCGAGAAGGAGGCCCCCAUUCCCUGCUGUCUACCUGGGAUGGCAGCAUUAUCGAUGAUUUGCCUCAGUCGGAUGGACACGUGACCGGACGCCUCACUCGGCUGGUGGUGAAGGAUCCCCUGCUGUGCAUGUGCCUGUGGGAGACCCUCAUGUUUAUUUACAGAGGAGCGUGGGAGUGGGACCAUCUCCAGGAGGCCUUGGAAGAGAAGCUGAAGAAUUCACUAGCUGUGGCUCAACUUAUGGAGCGCAUACGGUCUCUUCUUAGCAGAGACAGGAGCUCCAGGGACACGCCGAGCGCACGGGCAGCUCAACUUGGACCCCAGACCCUCGUCAACCUCUUUAAUUCUCCUCUUUAUUCGGACGUCAUUUUCAUGGUUCAAGGAAGCGUGCUGCCGGCCCACCGGGCUGUGCUGGUGGCCCGCUGUGACGUGAUGGCAGCCAUGUUCAGUGGAAAGUACGCAGAGGCCCGGAGCAGAGUGGUUCCCAUCCAUGGCGUCUCCUCGGAUACCUUCCUGUCUUUCUUGGAGUACCUCUAUACUGACUCCUGCUGUCCUGCCAGUGUGCUGCAAGCCAUGGCCGUGCUGGUCUGCGCUGAGAUGUACCAGGUGAAACGACUGCAGCAUCUGUGCGAGGUGUGCGUGUGUGCAUACCUGCAGAGCAUGCCUAGCAGAGAGCUGUCAUCGACUGGGAUCAGCGUGGUUCGACUUCUACGUAGAGCAAAGUGUCACAACGCUGAGCAGCUGUAUAUCUGGCUCCUCCACUUUAUCGCCAACAACUACCUGAUCUUUAGUCAUAAACCUGACUUCCUGGAGCUCUCAGAGGAGGAGCGUGAGCAGGUGGAGAGGCUACGCUGGCCAUCCAGGGGAUACUUGCAGGAGCUCAGCGAGUAUCAGCAGCGACGACGCAAACUUCGGAAGUCCCGCUGCCUAGUCAUGUGACCACAUCUGGAGGCCUCCUCCCUGCAGAGAUGGAGAAAGGAGUGGGAUGGAGAAAAGGAAACAAGGGAGGGAACCACACAAGGAAGAAGGUUUUUUAGGGAAACAAUGGUUUGACUUUAAUUCUGGAGAAGAAGACUUCAGAGACUAAUACAAAAAAAACAACUUUGGAGCAGCUGAUCAACUGGGAGGAAGGUCUCCACUUCCUCCUCCCUGCCUAUAGACUACUGCAACACAGGCAAUACAGAACAACUGAACCUUAAAAACUAAUGAUUUAAAAAACGACCGUCUGACCUCUGCUUGGAGGCUCUGUGAUAGAUUAUAUUUUCUACUGACAGGUCUGGCAAUACAGUGGGCUUCAAAGAGAACAUGGAGGAUGGUGUGAAAUAUCCAAGCAUCGAUUGGAAAAACAAACCAGCAACAUGUGAUUGAAGCUCGACUCUUAUGGGAAUUCAGGUUGGGGGAGGAAAAAAAACAAACAAACAAAAAAA